AUUAUUGCAGUUUGACAGCUGUACAGUAAUGUUGCGUGCCCUCAUACAUCUCAUCAACGCGUGGCUUGCAGCGACAACACGAUCCUCUAAAACGACAACUUUGAAUCUGCAUUCAGAAGAUCCGACAACGUACUUUAGACCGAUUACACUCCACACGGUAAUACCUCCACUGAGCGCAAUGGAAGGACAAACAACCCCCGCCAGACCACAGCAAACCACGCCCGCCACCAUCUUCCCCACCCAGUCAUUAGAGGCGGACCCCACGGUGUCACGUAAUGUCAACCAACCAAUGAGCGUGCUCCUGGCUGAUAUAACUUCCCUGAUGCACCUAUCUAUAGAACGUGACGAUUACAAAGGCCCACCAUCAACCUUCCUGACAGAUCUUGAGAAGACGGUGAUCGAGCGCUUGAAGAAAGCAGACACUGUAGUGGAGAUAAAUCGAGAUACUAAAGGGAUAGCUCAGGAUAGCGCAUCAGUCUGGAACCCGAUCGAGGCCAAGGCUACGGUUUCCGACGCUCAAAGAUCUAUGGAUCAUGGCUCUAACAGCCAGCCAGUACCCAGACCACGAGCUGACCUGGUCAGUCAACAGGGCGCAGCAGACUGUACCAUCACUGACCGACCUCUCUGUAUGACAUUUGACAGCGGAAUAUCGAGCCCUGCUGAGAAAGAGCGCCCUGUAUUGGAAGAAGACGCUGCCGUUACUAAGGAUCUGCAUCAUCGUUUGCAGCAUCUCAAGGCGUUCGUGGAGGCAAAACUGCAGGAUUCUAGUCAGCCCCAAAAAGGUGCAACAUUAUCGGAAGAGAUCAGAGAACGCCUCUGUAAGAUCGCCCAGGCUAGUCUUGCUUCCAGUCGCUCCGAGAACCUAUCUGCUCCCGAGCUGUUCAUGGAAAAAGCACUGUCCGGCAGCCUUCUGGUAUUUGAAAAUACAAAGCUGUCGGCCGAAGUAGCCUACUUGAAGAAGAAAGUUGAGAUUCUUGAAGAUGUAGCUGGGACUCGAGGCUUCAGUACCAAAGCUUGUACGCCUUCUAUGGAGUCUAUAAGCAUCGGAUCACAAACAGAUGAACUUCUCAACCAACCCUCAACAUUUGAUGAAGCAGACUUUGGGUUGUCAGAUUUUUCUCUGUCACCGGAGACAAACUGUCUGAUGAGUACAGCUCUCUGCAGAGACGGUGACUUUCCCCAACCCUCUGGUAUGUCCACACCGGGCGUGGUACCCAACAAACGACAACGUCGCAAGAUUGAGGUCCCCACACAACUCAAAGUGACAACAUCAACAUCUUAUUCAAGCAUCAAUCCGUGGGCCGAUGCGGACGAUAAACAGCAGAACGCAUCCUCUGUAGGGUGCUGGAGGGGACUGUGCGCCUGCUUGCGCUUCUACAACACUCCACACGCAAGACAUCACUAGAUGCGAGAGUGACCCGCCCAUCUCCCUACAGCUCAUGUGAAUUACAAAUUUGGAACCAUUAUAAGAUGGAGAUUUGGAACCACACGACUUUUCAAAUGUAACAAUUUAGUUCCAUGGAUAAAAACACUGAUCAGAAAAUGACGGAAUUUUGUUUUAAAUUUCUUUCAGGCAGGUUUUCAAAGUACUGUAUUUAUUUGAAAGCAAAUUAAAGUAGGGAAAAAGUGCA